AUGAAGAUGGUACAGGUUGUUAAUGUGAACUACCCCCCCACCCCCCGCCAUCCCCAGGGUCCCCUGAUGUGCCACACAACCAAGAUGUACAGCACCAAGGACGGCGUUCAGUUCCACGCCUUUGGCCGGGUCUUGAGUGGCACCAUCCAGGCCGGCCAGCCCGUCAAGGUCCUUGGUGAGAACUACACCCUCGAGGACGAGGAGGACUCCCAGGUCUGCACCGUGGGCCGCCUCUGGAUCUCCGUCGCCAGGUACCAGAUAGAAGUGAAUCGGGUGCCGGCAGGAAACUGGGUUCUGAUCGAGGGAUGCGACCAGCCCAUCGUCAAGACGGCCACCAUCACAGAGCCGCGUGGCAACGAGGAGGCUCAGAUUUUCCGGCCUCUGAAGUUCAACACGGCGUCUGUCAUCAAGAUCGCCGUGGAGCCAGUAAACCCCUCUGAGCUUCCCAAGAUGCUGGACGGCCUGAGGAAGGUCAACAAGAGCUACCCCUCCCUCACCACCAAGGUGGAGGAGUCUGGUGAGCACGUCAUCUUGGGCACAGGUGAGCUCUACCUGGACUGCGUCAUGCACGACCUGCGUAAGAUGUACUCCGAGAUCGACAUCAAGGUGGCCGAUCCCGUGGUGACGUUUUGUGAGACGGUCGUGGAAACCUCGUCCCUGAAGUGUUUCGCUGAGACACCCAACAAAAAGAACAAGAUCACCAUGAUCGCAGAACCUCUGGAGAAGGGUCUGGCGGAGGACAUAGAGAACGAGGUGGUGCAGAUCACGUGGAACAGGAAGAAGCUUGGAGAGUUCUUCCAGACAAAGUACGACUGGGAUCUGCUGGCUGCCCGAUCGAUUUGGGCCUUUGGUCCAGACACCACUGGGCCCAAUAUUCUGGUGGACGACACGCUGCCCUCAGAGGUGGACAAGGCCCUUCUGGGCUCCGUGAAGGACAGUAUCGUGCAGGGAUUCCAGUGGGGCACCAGGGAGGGGCCGCUGUGUGACGAGCCCAUCCGCAAUGUGAAGUUCAAGAUCCUGGACGCAGUCAUCGCUCAAGAACCCCUACACCGCGGGGGUGGCCAGGUCAUCCCCACGGCCCGCAGAGUGGUUUACUCCGCGUUCCUCAUGGCCACUCCCAGGUUGAUGGAACCCUAUUACUUUGUAGAGGUGCAGGCUCCUGCUGACUGUGUAUCUGCGGUAUAUACAGUGCUGGCCCGCAGGAGGUGAGUCUGUGUCCUGGCCAACUGCUCAAGAGCGCCCCCUAUGAAGAGAGGCCAA